CCGCCUCCACCAUCCGCCCUCCCCAUCCACUCACUAUCGCCCGCAGCCUCCUGCAAGCACGUGUGUCGCUGGGCCCCCCCUACCCCCCCGGCCCAUCGCUCGGCCGCUCUCUCUCUACCCACUACACUACUCCUACACACUAAGUACUUACUUAGUUAG